CCAAUCUCCCACUCGCCUGGUACUGCGAUACCAUGAACUCAGCAUUGCAAGAUGCCAUCAAGAACGGACAGAGGUUGAAAAAGGCCACAACGAAUGAUCGCUCAGCACCAGCUGUAGCAGGCAACGCAGGAGGUGGUGGUGGAGGGGGAGGAGGGGGAGGAGGGGGAGCAGGAGGUAUUGCAGCCGCCGCAGCUGCAGCACGUACUCUCGCAUCUGCUCCUAAAGUGCCGGGAACCGGGGGAGGCAGCGGUGGGGGUGGAGCAGCAGGUUUAGGGGGCAUCCUCGCAGGGGGAAUACCAAAGCUCAAGCCAACUGGAGCUGCUCCUGCCGCUCCAAAGCCACCAGCAGCGUCAGCACCCAAGCCGCCUGCUGCUCCAGGCCGACCGGUGCCUCCUCCCACACGACCUUCAGCACCUCCAGCUCCACCUCCGCCCUCAAGACCAUCUGCAGCAGCACCGCCGCCCCCGCCUCCUCCAGGGAGACCAGCAGCUCCUUCGGCAGCCGCACCUCCUAGACCGCCUCCUCCUCCUCCGGGCAGGUCAUCUCCUGCUGUUCCUCCACCACCGCCUCCCCCGGCUCGACCAGCAGCAGCAUCCCCCGCCGCACCUGCGCCGCCGCCGCCACCUCCUCCAGGGCGACCAGCUGCAGCUGCUCCCCCUCCGCCAAGCAGACCUAGCGCAGCAGCUCCACCUCCCCCUCCUCCGCCGCCUGCUGCAUCCUCAUCGGCUCCUGCGCGUGGAGUUCCACCUCCUCCUUCACGCGCUCCAGCUCCUCCCAGUCGACCAGGUGCGGCACCUCCUGCCCCCCCUCCUCCCUCAACUCCGGCGCGUGGCGCAGUACCUCCCCCACCAGCGCGCGCCAGCCCGAUCAGCUCAGCACCACCUCCACCACCCAGCCGGCCAGCCUCAUCUGCACCGCCGCCACCACCACCCACUCGAUCAGCAGCAGCCGCACCAGCCGCACCGCCUCCACCCCCGCCCUCGCGAGCACCAGCUGCAGCUCCCCCCGCUCCUCCCCCGAGCCGAGCACCCGCGGCGGCUCCUCCUACCCCACCACCGUCUCGAGCGCCAGCCGCACCGCCCCCAUCCCGCAGCGCUGCUGCCGCAGCCCUGCCUGCGCUCAAUGGUGCGGGAAGCAAUGGAGCAUCGCGCAGUGUCUCGUCCACAUCGAUCUCGGGCGGCGCAGCGGGCAAGACUGGAAGGAUCCCCUCACCGCCGCCGACGUCUGGCAAUUUGACCUUUUCGCCUUCCUCGGCCUUCCCGCCUCCACGAGCGUUUGCGGGAAGUGGAGCUUCGCGCGUCUAUCCUGGUGGGAAGACAAGGGGCAGCACGUUCGAUUGGAGUACGGUUGGAUGAGGAUGAUCACCGAGACGCUAAAUGAGCGCGACGGAACGUGUAUGCUGCGAAGUUGCAAUGUCAUCUAUCGAUUCUAAGAGCUUCGCCGUGUCUCCCCCUUGACCGUCAUCUUGGCCUCCUCUACAACGCCGCCCGCUCCGCCCUGGCCUCUCAUCCAAUCCACUCCUCCCUUCAACUUCUCCAGUGUCACAAAGAUCAAGAUCGUAUUCGGACUCAACCUCACCCACGCUGGAGUCCAUCCCCUAAAUAGGAAGCCCGGCCCUUCCUUGACCAGCGCAGUCUUGAUCGUCUUUACGAUCCCCUCUGAAUUACCGCCCUUGCCCGCAGCCAUGACUCUGGCCUUGAUGACGUCGGCAGGACUGCAGAUCGUCGUCGCUACUGUGCCUGCGAGGAAGCUGG